CCACAUGUCAGCCGCACGAGCCCCUACCCGCCUCGGCCAUCUCCGGCCAUCUCCUUUCCUCCACCAAUCCUCCUCCGAUCCAAUCCCCGAGUCUCGACGCCGCCGCAUGCCGCCGUUGCUGCCGCCGUUUGCCUAGGCCUCUGCCGCCCCCAUCGCCGGCGCGAUGGGGAACACCUGCGCCGGCCCCAGCGCCGGCCCCAGCGCCACGGCGGACCGCCACGGAUUCUUCAGCACCGUCUCCGUCGCCGUACUGUGGCGCCCCGGCGCCGCCCGCGCCGAGCCGGCGGUCCCACCGCCCGACUCCUGCCCCUCCAUGUGCUCCUCCACCUCGUCCGCGGGCCCCGAUGUCGACGAAUCCGACCUCUCCUCUCCCUCCUCCGACCCUAACAAGCCCAAGGUAAAGCGCGUCCAGAGCGCCGGCCUCAUCGCCGAAUCCGUCCUCAAGCGCGACUCGGAGCGCAUCAAGGACCUCUACACCCUAGGCAAGAAGCUGGGACAGGGCCAGUUUGGCACCACCUACAAGUGCGUCGAAAAGGCCACGGGAAAGGAGUUCGCCUGCAAGUCCAUCGCAAAGCGGAAGCUCGUCACCGAGGAGGACGUCGAGGAUGUGCGCCGCGAGAUCCAGAUUAUGCACCACCUCGCCGGCCACCCGAACGUGAUCUCCAUAGUCGGGGCUUACGAGGAUGCUGUUGCCGUGCACCUCGUCAUGGAGCUCUGUGCGGGAGGGGAGCUGUUCGACAGGAUCAUACAGCGGGGGCACUACUCUGAGAAGGCCGCCGCGCAGCUGGCUAGGGUGAUCAUUGGGAUUGUGGAGGCUUGCCAUUCUCUUGGGGUCAUGCACAGAGACCUCAAGCCAGAGAAUUUCUUGUUUGUCAACCAAAAGGAGGACUCGCCACUCAAGACCAUUGAUUUCGGGCUCUCUAUCUUUUUCAAACCAGGUGGAAUUUAUUCAGAUGUCGUUGGAAGUCCUUACUAUGUCGCCCCUGAGGUUCUGCUGAAACAGUAUGGCUGCGAAGUAGAUGUUUGGAGUGCCGGAGUAAUAAUUUAUAUCUUGUUGAGCGGGGUCCCUCCAUUCUGGGAUGAAUCUGAGCAAGGGAUAUUUGAACAAGUUUUGCAAGGUGAUCUUGAUUUUUCAUCCGAGCCCUGGCCCAGUAUCUCAAAGAGUGCAAAGGAUUUGGUUAGGAAAAUGCUGAACCGUGAUCCCGGAAAGAGAUUGACUGCACAUGAAGCUCUAUGUCAUCCUUGGGUUUGUGUUGAUGGAGUUGCUCCUGACAAGCCACUUGAUUCUGCUGUCUUAACUAGAUUGAAACAAUUUUCAGCAAUGAAUAAACUAAAGAAGAUGGCCCUUAGAGUAAUUGCUGAGAAUCUGUCUGAAGAUGAAAUUGCAGGAUUGAGAGAGAUGUUCAAAAUGCUUGAUACUGACAAUAGUGGCCAAAUCACAUUGGAGGAACUAAAAACUGGCUUGCAGAGAGUUGGUGCCAACUUAAAAGAGUCAGAAAUCGCAACUCUAAUGGAAGCGGCGGAUAUUGAUAACAGUGGGUCAAUUGAUUAUGGGGAAUUCCUUGCGGCAACAUUGCAUCUGAACAAGGUCGAGAGAGAAGAUAAUUUGUUUGCAGCAUUCUCAUACUUCGAUAAAGAUGGCAGUGGUUACAUUACUCAAGAUGAACUGCAAAAAGCAUGUGAAGAGUUUGGUAUAGGAGAUGCACAUCUUGACGAUAUUAUCCGAGACAUUGAUCAAGACAAUGAUGGCCGGAUCGACUACAAUGAAUUUGUAACAAUGAUGCAGAAGGGGAAUAAUCCACUAGGGAAAAAGGGACAAGGGCAGAUGAGCUUUGGUCUUAGGGAAGCAUUGAAGAUACGCUAGUGAUAUUUUUUUACUGUCCACAGUCCAUUGUUUGGUCUUUGUUCCCCAGUCAUUUGCUAUGCUAAUGAUAGUGUGGCCUGAAGGAUCCGCCCCUCACAAUCUGGACAAUUCCUGUUCCAGCUAACCAACGCAGGGCAGGAUUACUGAACUGUGAAGCCAACUAAAGAAGGAAUUCUCUGAUGGAGUGAGCAAAGGAGAUUCUAGAUGAUUGUGCCAUUUUUCAAUCAGAAGGGAUCACCAUGCUUGUACUCCCUCCGUUCCUAAAUAUUUGUCUUUCUAGAGAUUUCAACAAGUGACUACAUACGGAGCAAGAUGAGUGAAUCUAUACUCUAAAAUAUGUCUAUAUACAUCCGUAUGUGAUAGUUCAUUUGAAAUCCCUAAAAAGACAAAUAUUUAGGAACGAAGGGAGUAGAUUGCAUGUAUCUAGUUUUGGCAUUUCAAGCGAUGGAGUGAGCAGACGAGUAUCUGGUAACUACAGCUGAGCAUGAAUUAGUGUACCCAAGUUCAGUGACAGUGUGAUUAUAAAAAUAUAAAAUUGUAUAGGAGAGAAAAAUAUGUAACUAGUGAAGCUCUUUAUAUGUCCACCGAUCGCACUGAUACUCCCUGGGAGCGUUCAUAAAUACAAGUCUUUUUAGAGAUUCCAAUAUGGACUACAUACGGAGCAAAAUAAGUGAGUCUAUGCUUUAAAAUAUGUCUAUAUACAUCUGUAUGUAGAUCAUAUUAAAUCUCUAAAAAAGACUUGUAUUUGGGAACGAAGGGAGUAUAACGGAUGCAAAUGUGUAGUACUGAAUCUGAAUGGAAGAUAGAAGCCUGGUUUCUUUC